AUGACACCCCAAUUCAAUUAUACAACUUCUGAACGUCGGGCAUCCACUUCUAUUGUUGGCUCGCUUGGACGUUCGGGUCUUUAUAUUCCUCAGGAUUUCAUACAACAGACACCUGAAGAAGUUGAAAAUGCUCUUGAUCAGAUGGAUACCGAUGAUGAAAACGAUACAAAUACUGAUAAUUAUGCCAUAGCCGACGACGAGGAAAGUGCAUUUAUGCCUGCUGCAUCUCAUUCGAUGUCUGUUUCAUCAUCGAUUGGUCAGUCAAUGGCUAGACAUCCCUCAAGAAAGCAGUCCAUUCGCAUCCUUUCGGACGAAGCCAAACUACUUGAGCAGAAUAGAGUUCCCAUACGUAUCCAUCCAUCUACGCCAAUACUGGCGUCACAGCGGACCUCUAAUUUACCUUCCGACUAUGACUCUGUUUCUAAUUUGGAAGUUACUCCUGGUGGUGUUGAUGCUAUCACUGAGAGCUGGGAUGAGGCUGUUAAGUCGGGGAAUAUUCAAACUACUUCUUCAUUUGAACUUAAAUCAAUCACUCUUUCUUCUAUUCCCUUGGUCAUAACUUUUCUUCUCCAGAGUUCUCUUGGUGUUUGCUCUGUGUUUGCCGUGGGUCAUAUUUCACCCAAGGCCUUGGCCGGAGUCAGUCUUGGUAUCAUGAGUUCUAACAUGACCGCAAUAGCUGUCAUAGCGGGCCUCGCCUCGUCUUUGGAUACGUUUCUUCCACAGGCCUACGGUGCUGGUAAGUUCACGUUGGUUGGACUUAUUUUUCAACGGUGCGCUGCUCUUAUUCUGUGCGUUAUGAUUGUUGUUUGUUCGUUUUGGUGGCUAUAUGCAGAACAGAUCCUUUUGAAAAUCCUACCUGAUGCUCAAAGUGCUCACUAUGCAUCUCAGUAUUUGAAGGCCAGUUCCUUUGGUAUUCCAGGUUACGUUUUCUUUGAAACCGGCAAAAGGUUUUUACAGUCACAAGGUAUAUUUGACGCUUCCACUUAUGUCUUGUUUGUUUGUGCUCCAUUAAAUGCGGCAAUGAACUAUGCAUUUGUGUGGAAGUUGGGGUUUGGGUACAUAGGUGCUCCUAUUGCAGUGGCGAUUAACUAUAAUUUAAUGGCUCUUGGUCUUUUUGCUUAUACAGUGAAUACAAAGAAUGAGAUCAACCCAAGAAAAUGCUGGAAUGGAUUUCACCCAAGACGAGUCUUUCGUAAUUGGGGAGAAUUGAUUCGUCUUAGUAUCCCAAAUUUAAUUAUGAUUGUCUCUGAGUUUCUCAGCUUUGAGAUCAUGACUUUCCUUGCCAGUUAUUUGGGUACCAGUGCUUUGGCUGCGCAGUCUGUAAUCUCUACGAUGGCUUCGCUCACUUAUCAGGUUCCGUAUGGUGUUUCCAUUGCUGCUUCUACCCGUAUUGCAAACUUUCUUGGCGCUCAGCUUCCUAAGGCUGCUCAUACAACUUCCAGAAUGGUGUUUGUCACCACUGUUUUUGUGUCUAUUUUCAACCUCUCCUUCUUAUAUUUUGGAAAGUACAGAAUUGCAAACUGGUUCUCUGAUGACACUGAUGUUAUUGCUGUGAUAGUUAAUGUUAUGCCGCUCAUUUCGUGUAUUCAAGUUUUUGACGCACUCAAUGCCACUUCUGCUGGUUGCCUUAGAGGCCAGGGAAUGCAGAAAAUUGGUGGCUAUGUUAACCUUAUAUCCUACUAUUGCAUCGGUAUUCCCCUUGGGUAUUUAUUGGCAUUCCGCGUUCCCCAUAAUCAUCCUCUGGGAUUACUCGGCUUGUGGUGUGGUGUUGGACUAGCUUUGGCUAUCAUUGGAUCCAUUCAAAGUUACUUUGUCUUGCACGCUGACUACGACCGAUUGGUCGAGGAUGCUAUUAGAAGAAAUAAUACCGACUAA